CGCAAACAUUUAUCAUCUCUUGUCGAGCCCUACCCUUUCCCCUUCCCCUUCCUCCUCCUUCCUCUCUCCGUUGACGCCGCAUCUUCAAGGUCUCUCCUCUCUUUCUCUCGGUCCUUCAGAUUCCUCCUGGUCUUGGUUUAUGAGCUCUAAGGAGAGACCAACUCUCGGCGGCGCGCGGAUUAAGACCCGCAAACGGAAUAUAGCAGCUCCUUUGGACCCUGCAGCUUUUGCGGAUGCAGUGGUCCAGAUAUACCUGGAUAAUGCUGGUGAUCUGGAACUUGUUGCCAAAAGUAUCGAAUCCUCAGAUCUCAACUUCUCACGUUACGGCGAUACCUUUUUUGAGGAGCUAUGAAGCAUGGAUACUUCAAAUUUUAUGCUGUACUCGUAUUGGAUACGUUGUCUUCACUGGUGGCCGUACUCAAACUGGCACUAUAAAGCCUGAAGAAGGGGAGAGGCACCCAUAUUCUGUUCUAGAUUGUGAGGCAAAGCGUGAAACUAUCUUGCCAUCUGUUCUCUACAUACAGAAGAUCCUGCGCAGGAGGCCAUUCUUGAUAAAGAACCUUGAAAAUGUUAUGCGCAGAUUUCUUCAAUCUUUGGAGCUGUUUGAGGAGAAUGAGAGGAAGAAGCUUUCUAUCUUUACGGCUCUCACAUUCUCUCAGAAGCUUUCUGGCCUUCCACCUGAGACUGUGUUCCAGCCAUUGCUCAAGGAUAGUCUUGUUGCCAAGGGGCUAGUGCUUUCAUUUGUUACCUAUUUUUUCAAGGAAUAUCUCAAGGACAACACUUUCGACGAUCUUAUAUCUCUUUUGAAGAGAGGCAAAAUGGAGGAUAAUCUACUUGAAUUCUUCCCAGCUGUAAAGCGCUCCUCUGAAACUUUCUCUGAGCAUUUUAGCAAGGAAGGAUUGACCGCUCUUGUUGAGUACAAUGAUAAGAAAAUGUUUGAAGUCAAACUGAAGGAGGUCAAAUCAGCACUGACAACUGAAAUAGUAGAAGAGACUGACGUAUCUGAAGUCAUAGAGGCUGUGAAACAGCAGGUUAAAGAUGCUAAGUUUCCCGAUGUGGAUGUCGUGCGCAUGCUGUGGGAUGUGUUGAUGGAUGCUGUUCAGUGGUCUGGAAAAAACCAGCAGCAGAAUGCUAAUGCUGUAGUUCGUCAGGUGAAAACAUGGGCCAAACUUCUGAAUGCGUUUUGUACAAAUGGAAAACUGGAACUAGAGCUUAUAUACAAAAUUCAGAUCCAGUGUUAUGAAGAUGCAAAACUAAUGAAGCUAUUUCCUGAAAUUGUGAGGACUUUGUAUGACCAGGAUGUACUGGCCGAAGAUACCAUCCUUCUUUGGUUUCGCAAGGGCACAAACCCAAAGGGCAGGUAAGUCUUUUCCAUUAUAUUUGUUUGUUCCAAUCUUUGACGAUCACCCUGCUCCUUGUGUUAGCAAUUUGUAAUGUGCCUCAUGAAGGGAAAUUAUCGGGGAUCUUCAACCUUUUAGUGCAGCCUCA